AUGAAAGUUCUGAAGGGAAGAGAUGCGAAGAGGCCGCUAUUCGCAGAGUCCCUCACAGGUGUGGCUUUCGUGUUGGAAGGGAAGAGCUACGUUGCCAUUUCGGCAGUGUGCGAAAGACCCAUGGACAGCUCUGAUUUGGUCGGCGAGCCUGCCUUGAAGCGUGCGAGGCUCCGGGAGUCACAGACAGAGAUCUCAGGAACGGAAAAACAGAAUGAUCAGCUCCAGGAACGGAUUGCAGACCACAGGCAUGAUGCCACAGAGCGAUCUCCUGCGGGCAUCCCUUUUCCAGUCACUCAGCUACGAUCAGCUGCAUGUCAGUGCUACGAAUUGCUACGAUGUGGCAAGAUCAAAAUUAGUUGCUGUAUGUUGCUGUGCUGUAACUUCGGUGCUGUUAGGUCAGCGUUCCUGAUGACCGAUGCUACUUAUUUCGAUGGCGUCAAGCAGCUGAUGCAAGGAUGGUGCAUCAGAGAUGGGUGUUGCUUGAGCAUUGCCUGUGGUGAUUUGGGGAACUUUGCCGCUAUGCGGCAGAGGGAAACAGAUCCGAUGGCGCCACUGGAUCUUUGUACCGACAGGUCGAGGAAAGAGUUUCAAGACUGGGCGGAUGGCCUUUUCUUUUCCUUGGAUCGAGAGGGCAAGGAGCAGUUGCUGGAUGCCGAUGGUCAACAGGUCAUGAUGGAAUGGGAGAAGCCGUAUGUGGAGAAAUGCGCGGAAGAACUGAAGGUGACACCUGACUGUGAUGUUCUGGAGAUUGGUUUUGGCUGUGGGUACAGCGCGAGCCGUAUCCAAGAUUUCAAGCCGCGAUCUCACACAAUCAUUGAAUGCUCGGAGGUUGUACUCGAGCGACUGCAGCAGUGGGCUGCAACGAGGCCUAAGGUGCAAAUCAUUUCUGGCACCUGGCAGCAGCGCUUGCCUGAAUUGGGUAUGUUUGACUGCAUCUUCUUUGACGACUAUGGCCAACCGGGCAUUUCAGACAGGGAAAUGCUGAUAAACUGCCCAAAUGAGCGGUACAAGCAGAUUUAUGCUCAGUCACCAACUCAUUUCCACGCGUUCCUGGAAAUCGCCCUGCAGUAUCAUUCUCGCCAAGGCACUCGAAUUUCGGGUUACCUUGUGAGCCCCAUUGUGGUUGACAGGGAUGAUGUUGCAAUCACGUAUGGAUCUAUCAACGUUCACCCACCAGCCCACUGCAACUACUACUUUCGUGAUGAGGCGGUGGUUCCUAUUUUCGCUAAGCGCCUUGGGCAGCAUGGUUUGGCAUGA